GCAGCAUCGUCGGGAAAGCCUCAUUGUCCGCUCUUCCUGCCACUCUUCGAAUACUUGGACUUUCCGAAGUCCAGAAAAUUGACAAGGAAAUCAACAUGGAGGGGCAGCAACAGCGGCUCGCGCUCUGGGCGGCCGAGGAGGAACUCGGCAAUGAUGACCUCGAUAUGCAGGACUCCCUCGCCCUCGCGCAGGCUCAGCAGGCGCUUUACGCACAACAAAUGCUAGCGGAAGAGUCGUUUAACGAGACAGCUCUGCUUGCUAUGCAGCAGCAGAUAAUGCAGCAGGCCGCGCUCGCGAGCAUUCCGGACGUAGUGAAGCGUUUCAUCGUACACUUCCAUCAGGCUGUCCUGGACAACAACCUCGCAGAGAUUACUGCAGCGUACGAGAGCGGAUGGAACAGGCUCACUGAAAAGUUCUACGCCAAGACGGAGUGGCCAGAGGCUGAAGUGAUCGCGCCUCUCGUGAACGAUGACCAAAUAUUCCUGAUCCUUUAUCGCGAACUUUACUACCGUCACGUCUAUUCGCGCCUGCAACCCAACAUUGACGACCGAUUCCAUUCGUACGAAAACAGCUGCGAACUGUUCAACUACCUCCUCAACUCAACCACCCCCGUUGCCCUUCAACUCCCAGAGCAAUGGCUCUGGGAUAUCAUCGACGAAUUUAUCUACCAGUUCCAGUCGUUCUGUGUCUGGCGGUCGAAGCCGAAGAACAAAACCGAGGACGAACUCAUCAUGCUUUCCGAAGGCGGUCAGCAAGUAUGGAGCUCGUACAGCGUGCUUAACGUCCUCUACUCCCUUAUCCAAAAGUCGAAGAUCAACGAGCACGUCGCCGCCGUUCAGGAGGGCAAAUCGGCCGCUGAAAUUGCUGAGAUCGUAGGAGAGUACGGCUCCAAGCCACUCUACAAGAUGCUCGGCUACUUCAGUCUCAUCGGCCUCCUCCGGGUGCACACUCUCCUUGGUGACUUCACUCUCGCGCUGAAGAUCCUUGACGACAUUGAACUGACCCAAAAGUCCCCGUUUACCAGAGUGACCGCAUGCCACGUCACGACGUACUACUACGUCGGCUUCUGCUACAUCAUGCUCCGCCGGUACCCGGACGCGAUCCGUACAUUCGUCUCUAUCCUCAACUUCAACAUGCGCAUGCGACAAUACCACACCCGGAGUUACCAAUACGACCAGAUUAACAAAACGGCGGACAGGAUGUACGCUCUCUUCGCGGUUUGCAACGCGCUCUCGCCCUCGCGCCUGGACGACAACAUCGCGAACAUCGCUAAGGAGCGCUACGGCGAGCAGUUCGCCAAGAUGUCGCGCGGGGAGGAAGGCCUGCCGGCGUUCGAGGAGCUCUUCCUGUACGCCUGCCCCAAAUUUAUCAGUGCGAACCCGCCCGCGUACGAGGACCCGGAUGCACUCCAGGCGUACGUCGACGAUCCGCCGCCCGAGCCCGCGCAGCGCCAUCUCGCUUCCUUCCUCGCGGAUGUGAAGGUUCAGGCGACGGUGCCGACGCUGCGCAGCUUCCUCAAGCUCUACACGAGCAUCGAUGCGCGCAAGCUUUCCAGCUUCCUGGAUACUGAUGAGGAGGAGAUGGUGCAGCAGAUGAUGGUUCUCAAGCAAGCGAGCCGGAGCGUGAGCAAGGUCGGCAACGCGGUUGACGGCGGACUCAUGGACGGCGAGACGAUCUCCACUUCCGACCUCGACUUCGUCAUUGACGACAAUAUGGUGCACAUCGUCGAAUCCACAGUGGGCCGCCGAUACGCUGGCUGGUUCAUUCGGAACGCCGAGCACGCGCAGCGUGUGCUGGACACGCUACAGGUAAGCCCGCUGCCCGGACCUCCCAAACCGCCCGGUGCCCAGGCAGCGGCGGCGGCAGGCGGCCCGCCCGCCCCGACGGCUUCAGAGCCCGCUCCCGCUCCCGCAAAACCGAAGGUUGCAUGGGGUGGCGUCAAGGCGGCUUGAAUGUUGCGUUUCUUCGGCUAGAGUCCGCGGGAACGCGGUGCGUGCACGAUAAUGUUGCGUGUGUUGUAUUACUCCAUGUGUACGCGCUAGCGCUAAAUACGUUGUGAAUUUGAUACACUGGGAUGCUUUGAUGCAAGGAUGCCGACACCGUGUAACAAGACAAGGGAAGAAAAAUGGACACCGCAGGCGAGCAUGCCCCUUCUACAACCAGCAUCGACGCUCCAGACUACAACGGCUCAUCUGAAAAAACGAGACGUUGACGUCAAGUCCAUCGUCGAAUCGGCAGUCUCGAGGGAUUCGUCUAGGGUGAAUUUCGUCUUGAAGGCAGGGUCAUCAUCCCUGGGUUUCAGGAACGAGCGUUUUAUCGGUUCUGGCGGCAGGAUCUUGUUGAGACCCUCGCCAUUCCGUAUCAGGUCAUAGUAGGCACGCAGGCAAUCGCGCCGGAAGUCAGUGAUCGUGUCCACCGAGAUCCUUGCAGCGAGGUUCUUCGUCCGGAUGAAGGGGUCGGCCACGACCAGGAAAUGGUUUUCCCAUCCAUGUGGCUCCCCCUCCCUCUUUGCCCGUCGCUCCACACCGGCCUCCAGCGCCACUCCCCUCUGCUCACCGGUGUCCAUCUCCAGCCCCUCAUCCGAAACGGGAAGCGCCUGUUUGUUUUUCUUGUGGACACCUGCACUGUCCGUCUCGCGAAGCCUAUCGUCAUUACCAAAGAAUGCGUCCAUCUCUGGUGUUGAUUGCCUUUGCAGUCCUCCAGUAUCGCUUGCAGCCGCCUUUUCAAGUCUCCUGUGGAGAGGCACGGUAUGGAAUCGUCUGUCGUAGCGAUUUGUGAUGAUGCCUUUCUGAAGCAGCUCCUCGGAGGGCGACCAUGACCAGUCUUUAUAAAUCGAGGUGCGCUGCCGCUCGACAACGCCUCCUUGUCGAACACUCACGAGCUGGUUUCCGUAGUCGAAUUCGUCGGCCCAGAAUUGGAACCAGCUCUUGAGCGCCUGCGCGGGGGAUAGGUAGUGCCGUGGUACCAGAUGCCGGCUGCGAUUAAAGCGAACGUCGCACUUUAUCAGCUCGGUCUUCCGUUUGCGGUACCAGAAGUAAUCGCGCGGACCCUCGGGGUGGCUCGGUACGAGAUCGCCCUGUAGGUUCGGUAAAUUGUGUGUAUGCUACAACAUGGCAAUUGUCAUAAGCGUCAGCGUAUAGCUGCUGAACGACACCCUGCCGUUCUUGCUGGUAGGAUCGUUGUACCCCAUCCGACGAGCCCAUGCUUUGAUUACAACCAAAAGUGGCUUGAGCACCGGCGCAAUGUACAUAUAACGGGCGAGCAUUUGGGAGUUUAUAAGGCCUAAUCGCUCAUUGAUGCAAAUGUCGCAUUGGAUGCCGGUGUCCGGAUCCCGGAACUUCACUAUUGGAACACUAGCAAAGGGAACGGCCUUGAUUUCGUCGAAUCGAUUGCUAUGGAGCAAUUUUCCCAGCUUCGUGGCAUUGUAUUCGGGAGGGGUGCUCCUAGACUUCGGGGGUGGCAAACCAUUUGGUCUUGCCUCGUCCAACAUAACGAGGUCAAGGUCGCUAUCCCUGGAGCUCACGCCAUAUAUGGUGCUUCCGAAGGGUUUUACGGUCCAGCUAGGCCCAAACUUGCUCCGAAUCACAUCUUGCACGCGUUUGAUGGUUUUGGAGCGUUCGAUGUCAACAAACUGGGUAGGUGUAUGCGAGUAGUAGUAAUCCAUCAUCUGGUGCGUGAGGUGCGCGGUUCGAGAUUCUCGAGAAAGGUCACGAAGAGACCAAAUGUGCCCUUUGAUCGUUUGGAGUCGGCGCCCACUCCCGUUCCCUCCUGGAAGUGGAAAAUCGGGCGUAUCACGAAGCGAGCUCGAGCUUGAGACGUCUUCGCUGGAGGCUUCCUUCUUCAAAGCAGUCUGCCACAUGAAUUCAAGUUUGUUGCUGAGGUCAUCCUGCGUCAACGUCGUGAUACGUUUGGCGUCGAUGGCACUUGUCAGACGUUGUAUGCGGUCUUGCUCGGGGAGGGCUGCCUCGUCGUCCACCGCGCCGCGGUUGGCCUCUUCAGCUUCAGGUCUGCUCUUCAAAUUUUCCUGAAGUUCCGCUCGACCUCGAGACUUCUGAAGGAGUGGCUGCAUGAAGUCCACCCGAUCUAUGUCGGAUUGUCUGAAGGAAGACGAGACGUCCUUCUCUGAUUCCGACUGCUGUGCGGUAUGGAAACCCCUCCUGCGUGCGACGCGCCGACGCCUAGGGUCUCUGUGGGCAGCGUUGUCGUGCGCGUCUCGUGCCACUGGAGUAUUGCAUAUGUCUGGUAUUCGCUGGUGUCCGAAGCGUAUUGUUGUCGUUCCGAAAGCCCGUACACUUGAGUGCAUUCGUGCGAUGUCCG